GAUUCGUUGCCGAUACGCGAGAUGAACCUCAUCGACGACUGUCGGCUCGGGUUCACCUGUGUAGAAAGGUAUAAAAGUUUACGCUUAUCAGCGAACAUCAGUUAGUUCGCAUAUCGGUACCCUGUCGCUGUAGUUCGUUCGAAUUGUGCUUUCGUGCUUCAGUAGUAUUUUACCGGCUCUUUACUAGUUGCAAUAACAAUUCGGAAAUGUUACCCAAGGCUAUUUUAGCAACAGUGCUGCUGUGCUCUGCGGUUGUGCUCUGUAACGCGCAAAAUACUGAUUCUUGCCCGCCGCCCCUGAAGCACUACUCAGAAUUGGGAUGCAAACCAAUUCAAGAUGAAGGCCACAAGUGCCCAAAUAGGUAUGAAUGUCCAACGCUUACCGAUCGUGAUGGCGGGAAGUGCUAUUUCAAUGGAAACGUAUACGACAUUGCUUCAUCGUUGUCGAAAGCGGACCAAGAGCUAGUUUCCUGUUCUCCUGCUUGCCAUUGUAACAAUCGCACAACGCCGGCAUCUUUUGUUUGUGCUCAAAUCGAUUGCCCGGAAUUUUUCGGUCGGGACGAGUCUUGUGUUUAUCAGUACACUUCUGGCGAUUGUUGUUCAUCGAGCAAAGUUUGCGGCGAGGAAGCCGAAAAGCUCGAUGUUUGUUACAUGGAUGGAGAGCAGUAUAAAGAGGGCCAAAAAAUGUACCCUAAGGAUGAAAGUUGCUACUCCUGUCGCUGUCAGAAGGGUUUUGAUAACAGCACCAUUGUAGGUAACCCCAAUUGCCAAGAGUUUACUUGUGGUAUUGAGAUACACAACAGUGACAGCGUGAUGGAAGGUUGCAUUCCAGUUUACUUCGGUACUGAUCGCUGCUGUCCAAUAUCGUGGAGAUGCCCUGGCGACAAUGAUACUGUGAUCGUUGAAGGACGCCUUGACGUUGAUGAACCUGUGGAUCCAAAAAUGCAGUGCACAUUUGGCGAACUGAAGUUAAAUUUCGGUGAUUCUCUAUCGUCAGAUGAUAAAUGCGUUUCGUGCAAAUGCACCGUUCCUCCCAUGCCGCACUGUAUCCAAAAUAGAGACUGUUAAAUUUGUUUCUAAUUUGUCUUGAAAUGUACAAAAUUAUUUAUUUAUAAAAUUUAUGUAAGUGAGGGGUAAAUGCACUAACAAAUUUUCUAAGUAAAGCGGAGCGGUGAAGAAUGAUGCGAUUUCCCUGUUACUGAACAAAACAAAUUUAUUGAUAUGAAAAAAAAAUGAAUUAAUAAUGAUCAAAGUUCUGCCAAAACAAACUAAAUGUAAAAAA